AUGAGGAAACUGGUGGAGAGGAACAAGGAAGUGGAAUCUCUGUGGGAGAAAUCCGUGGAAGACAAGGAUAAGCAGUUGGCCAUGUGGGAGAAAUCCGUGCAAGAGAAGGAUAAGCAGCUGGCUGUGUUAAUGGAGAGAAACAAAGAAGUGGAAUCCAUGUGGGAGAGUCAUCGCAAGAGAAGGAAAAGCAGUUGGGUAAGCUCAUGGAUGUUAUGCAAGCAUUGA